AUGUCUACGCCAACCACCAACAUCCUCUGCAUUCCGUUCCGCCGGUCGCUUCACCUUUCGCUUUCGACGACGAUUCGGCAGUACAUCAACACCAAGUAUGACCAGCACCCGGACAUGUUCCAGUACGAUCUCGAGGCUGUGGAUGCGCUGCGCCGAGACGCCAUCAAUGUGCGGGAGCCGCACCUGAGCGGCAUCAAGAAGCUGCAGGUGUACGCGGGCCAGCUUGUGUGGAUUGGUGGCAAAUUUCCAAUCGAUAUUGGCGCCGAAUUCACCUGGUAUCCCGCGCUGGGCUACCAUACCGAGCGACCGAUGGCGCACAACAACCUCAAAUACGAGCUCAUGAAUGUCCUCUACAAUCUCGCCGCCUUGUAUUCCCAACUGGCCCUCAAUACUCCUCGAGGAGACACCGAAGGCCUGAAGUCAGCUGCCAAUUACUUCUCCCUAGCCGCCGGCGUUCUCUCUCACAUUCAGAAGUCCGUGCUUCCCGAGCUGCGCAUGUCUGACCCGCCCGACGACAUGGACCACAAUAGCCUCGAAUCUCUGGUGCAGCUGUUUUUGGCACAGAGCCAAGAGUGCUUCUGGCAGAAGGCUGUUAUGGACGGCUACAAGGACGCUUCUAUUGCAAAGCUGGCUGCGAGGGUUUCUGAUCUGUACAAUCUGGCUGCCGAGGCCGCUGUUAACAGUGAAGCUGUCAGCAGCCCGUGGAUACAUCACAUGAACGCAAAGCAUCACCACUUUGCAGCCGCCGCUCAAUAUCGUGCCGCGUGCGAUUGCCUAGAGAAGAGAAAGUACGGUGAAGAGAUUGCACGUCUGAAAGAUGCCGUCCUCUGUGCAAAUGAUGGCAUCAAAGAAGGUCGGGUUGCCUCUCUAAACAAGACAGUCAUGGAAGAUUUGCAGGCAUUGAAACGAAAGCUGGAAGAGGAUUUGAAGAGGGCUGAAAAGGACAACGACCUGAUUUUCCUUAAUCCUGUCCCCCCAAAGGCCGAAUUGAAAAUACUUGAGAGAGCCAACAUGGCAACCGCCAGAACGCCUCCUCAAGUGGCCAAUCCCCUCGACUACCUGGGUGAUCAUGCUGAGCUUGGACCGGCACUUUUUUCGAAGCUGGUUCCGUUCUCAGUUCACGUAGCGAUAUCCAUCUACGAGGAGCGCAGAGACCGGAUGGUGAACCAAAACAUCAUCCAAGAGCUAGAGACUUUGACAGAAAAGAUCCACACGCUUCUCAGCUCCAUUGGCUUACCGGGAUCAUUGCAAGCGCUGGAAAAGCCGCUUGGUCUUCCACCGAGCUUGAUUCAGCACGCAGAGGAAAUUCGACAAUCGGACGCAAUCAACAAGAUCCAAAGGAGUUUCGCCGAUAUUGAUAAACUGCGGUCCAACGACUGGGCGAUAUUCGAAGAGGGUAAAGCAGCGCUGGCCGCUGAAAAAGAGGAGGAUGAGCAGCUGCGCCGAAAGUACGGCACCAGUAGAUGGCUGCGACCCGAGAGCCAGGCCGAGCCCAACGGUUCCAAGUUUUGGGCAGCAAUAGGCGAAAUCGGAGGGUAUUUCCAGAACAGCGCCAUCAGCGAUGACGCUGUACGGGAAAAGUUCAUGGCGAAUAAGGAGCUGUUGGAAGUUUUAUCGGGUUCGAACCAGUUUCUGAUGAACUACGUGCCUGCGAGCGCCCCUGUCGAAACGUCGAGUGAUUUGAAAGCAUCCGUUGGGCGAUUGCGAAGCGUAUACAAUGACAUCCUGCGGUUGGAGAGUAGGAGAAGGAAAAAGGUCGAGAGCCUGAGGGAGGCAGCACGGCGCGAUGACAUUAAGCCCGACAUUCUCAAGGAAGCAGCUCGCUUAGAGCGAACAUAUACCACGACACCAUUGCAGACGGUUCACUUUGAAGAGUUUUUCGAGAAGCGAUUAGACAAGCUAUACGAGCCUGAACUUGAAGCCGUCGAAAAAGAAGCACAAGAGCAAGAUAACCUCUUGAUACUCAUAGAGCGCUCAAACAGGGAGUUUGAGUCUCAGAAACGUCUCAUUGAUGGCAGGGGUCAUCGCGAUCGCGAACAGGUGCUGCAGAAACUCAACGGCGCGUACUUUAAGUACAAGGAAAUCGGAACCAACUUGGAGGUGGGGAGAAAAUUCUACAAUGACCUCAACAGGAUAGUUGCGAAUGGUUUUCGAGAUGCUGUCAAAGCCUGGGCGGCAGAGCGGCGGACAGAGGCGAAGAGGUUGGAGGAGGAGCUCAAUAUGCCACCCCUUUCGAAUCUCAAUAUCAAUCACCAGCAGCAAGUUCAGAACCCAUCUGGAUUCGCAGUCCAGCCUGUGGCCCACCAACCAGCUCAACAAGAUCAAUACCAGCCGUCAUACCAGCAGUCGUAUCAGCAAUCGUAUCAACAGCAACCGCCACAGUUACAGCCGCAGUCGCAGCAGUAUCAACAAUCACAACAACAGCCCUUAUUUUCCAGACCAGCCGUCCAGAGUCCCGCGGAGGCUUCGAUACAAUCAUGGGCUGGACAGACGCAACAGACACCAAUGCAACCACAGAUGCCGCCGCAACCCGGACAGACCCCAAACACAAUGUCUGGAACGUGGAACCCCUCCAUGGGCAUCAAGUUUGGAGGACCGCCAGCGGGAGGGUCACAGGGCAGUGGAGGGACAUGGAGUGCUAAUUCAGGGAUUAGAUUUGGUUGA